AAUCAAAUAUGAAGGUACUAGUCGUUGCUCUAUUGGCCCUCUUGGCUGUUGGCGCCAAUGGUGGCAAGCUGUCGGACAAAUUGGCAAAAAUCGUUCCCAGCUUUGCGACCGGCUACGUCAUCAAUGGCACGGAAGCCGAUCCCCACACCGCACCCUACAUCGUGUCGCUGGGUACCAAGUUCGAGAAGCACUCGCACAUUUGCGGUGGCACCAUCAUUGCUAAGAACUGGGUCCUGACUGCUGCUCACUGCAUUUCUAACCCCGUCGGUAUGAGCGUCAUUGCUGGUCUUCAUGUUCGCGCCGAGGUUGAUGAGAAAACUCAGCACCGCGAAGUUGACUUCGGUCGCGUCCAUGAGCUGUACAGUGGCGGCGUCGGCCCUUACGAUAUUGCCCUGCUGCAUGUCUCCGAGUCCUUCGACUUCGACCAGUACGUUCAACCUGCCAACCUGCCCGCCCGUGAACAGAUCCCUAGUGGUGAGACACACCUGUACGGUUGGGGUCAGCCCAAGUCCUACGUUCUGACAGCUGCCAAGACCCUGCAGACCGUGACCACCCAGGUGGUUGAAUGGAACACCUGCAAAGAGACUUUGCCCGAAGAUGCCCCUCUCGCUGAGACCAAUGUUUGCUCUGACUCCCUUCAACAGAGCAUUUCUGCCUGCAACGGUGACUCUGGUGGCCCACUGGUUAUCGAGCGUGAAGGCGUUUCCUCCGAACUGAUCGGCGUUGUCUCCUGGGGCUACAUUCCCUGCGGAUUGGCUAACCUGCCCUCGGUCUACACCCGUGUCUCCGCAUACGUCGACUGGAUCGCCAAGGUCCAGAAUGCCUACUACACUCUGUUCUGGGCGCUGCCUAUAAAACCCUCUGAUCGGAACGGGUCUCGGCACAACUGUGAAAACAUCAACAUGCAACCAUUCGUAAUCCUGCUCGCGCUUCUGGUCGCCGGAGCCAGCGCCAAUAUUAUUGGCAAGCCCGGCUUCCCCGAGGGUCGUAUCAUCAACGGAAUUGAGGCGACUGCCGGAGAGGCACCUUUCAUUGUCUCGCUGCAGUCAACCGCAGGAUCGCAUUUCUGCGCCGGCUCCCUUAUCGAUGAAUCGACGGUGCUGACUGCUGCCCAUUGCUUGGCCAGUUACAGUACCUUCCUGGUGGUCGCUGGUGCCCAUAGCCGCACUGACAAGACGACUACUCAGAUUCGUACAGCCAGCAACAAGCGCCAAGUGGUACAUGAGCUCUAUGACGGUGGUGUGGGUCCCAAUGAUAUCGGUCUCGUCUUCUUGGAUGAGCCUUUCAACCUAAAUGCUCUUGCUCGCGAUGGAAGUGCUCCCGUGGCCGCCAUUAAUCUGCCCUCGGGCUUGUUCGAAUCUAACUCCGAUGGCAUACUCUAUGGCUGGGGACGUGACAACUCUGGCGCUUUGCCCGACAAGUUGCAGAAGCUGGAUGCGGACAUCAUUGGCUACCAGGAUUGCCGCGCUGCUUUGCCCUCCAGCGCCAAAUUGGCCGAUAGCAACAUUUGCACUUACACCGCUGGCACCACCGAUGGCGCCUGCAAUGGAGACAGUGGCGGCCCAUUGGUGGUCCAGAACAGGGAUGGCAGCAUCGAGCAGGUCGGCAUUGUAUCGUGGGGUUACACGCCAUGCGCCAGCACUAGAUACCCAUCAGUUUUCACUUCCGUUGGAUCGCAUCUGCCUUGGAUCCUUGCUAACACGGCCAACUUCAAAAAAGCUUAAUUUAUAAGCAAAUCUAUGUACUAUACCUAACGAUUUGUAAAUGAGCGAGCAUUUUAAAUAAAAUUUGUAAUUGCAAUACUUA